AUGAACCGCGUCUGCCUGGCUCGCCUGACCGGGGCGCGGGCGUCGCUGGCGCAGAGCGUCAGAGGGGUGGCCGGUCAGGAGCGCCUGGAGCUGGAGACGCGUCAGGGCGCUCCGGGCGUCAGAGGCGCGGCGGAACAGGAGAGGCCCGAACUCGAGGUCCGCUCGGACGUCUUCUCGGCCCGCCCCACGCGGAGCCUCUUGCGGACGCUGGCCAUCUAUCAAGUUUUCGUGGCUGGUGCCGAGCAGCGCGAGCUGGCGCAGGUGGCCGCCACGCUGCAGCGCGACAACAUCCAGCUGAUGUUGACCAGCAUGCUUGAGGCCGACGUAGACGAGGAGGCAGCCAGCGAGCGGCAGCUGGAGGCUAACCUGGAGGAGGCUCUCCGGGUUCUGACCAUCGUCCGAGAGGUGACGGCCGGCCAGGACCAGGCGGCCCUCCAGGCCAAGUUCACGGCUCACCUGAACGCCGACCUGCUGGUGCAUAUCUCGCGGGUAUUCUCCUCCAGCGAGAGCCCGUCCAGUCUAGUCGAGCAGUUAGCGAACGCCAUGGUGACAUCAGGUCAGGUCAGCGUACCAGGCUUGACGUCAGAACAGCAGUACGCCUGGGACUCGUGCGUUCGCCGCCUGCAGACGCUGGGCGAGGCCUGCGCAGACAGCGGCAUGCUGAUGUUUGUGGACGGCGAGUUCACCUACACAAACCCGGCCAUCUCCUGGCUGACGCUGGCACUGAUGGCGGUGUUCAACCAGCGGGAGGCCUUCAUCAGGGGCACCCACCAGUGCUACCUCAAGGCGACGCCAGCUAACCUGGAGCGCGAGUACGCCAUCUGUCAGCAGCUGGGCGCAUGUUUUGGCGGGAAACUGGUGCGCGGCGCGUACAUGGCGCGUGAGCGACAGCUGGCGCAGCAGGAGGGGCGUGCCAGCCCCGUCUGCGACAGUUAUGAGGCGACCACGCUCAGCUAUACGCGUGCUGUGGAGUUUGCCCUGCGACGUGUGGCGGAGGACGGUGGGCGCACCCAGAUCAUGGUUGCCACGCACAACCACGAGUCCAUCCUGCACGCGCUCGGGCUGGCGCGCCGGCUGGGCGUGGUGCCCUUCAGCGGUGGCCUCGCCUUCGCCCAGAUCUACGGCAUGGCCGACUACCUGACGGUGCCGCUGGGACGCGCUGGUCACCGCGUCUUUAAGGCGGUGCCGUUCGGCGAAUUUACCACGGUGAUGCCGUAUCUGUCGCGGCGCGCCGCCGAGUCGCGGCUCGUGCAGCAAGGGGUGCGAGUGGAAAAGCAGCUGUUGCUGCGCGAGCUGGCCAGCCGCGUCUAG